GAGAAUUCAUCAGGCAUCACUGUAAAAUUAAGAGAGAGUGGUAAUGUAAAAUGUUAUAUGUUGUAUGUUGUAUCCGUUGUCAAUAGCGGUUGUGAUUUAAGAUAAAUACGACAAAUACGCUAUGGCUGACUCGUCUUACGAAAAAGGAUUGACUGAACUGUCAAAAAUGAAGGUUACCGAUCUGAGAGCAGAAUUAAAACAAAGAGGACUUCCAACUGUGGGCAAUAAAAACGAAUUAGUAGAAAGGCUUCAAUUGGCAAUCCAGGGAGAUUCUGCCUUAUCCUUGGAUGAAACUACAGAAGAAAUUUUAGAUGAAGAUGAAGUACUUGGUGAUGAAGAAAUAGAAGAAUUAUCCAGUAAACCAGAUUCACAGGUGCUUCCUGAGAAGCGAAAAUUAUCUGUGGAGAGCAAUAAUACUAAUGCAAAAAAAAUAGUGCUAAACCGCAAACCUGUACUUGAAGAAAUUAAAAAUGAUCAAGUGGAAAAAAAUGAAAAUAUAAAUAUAAAAGAAUCUGAUUCUGCGUCACCAGAAAAAAAGAUUAUUAAAUUAUCAGAACUCAGCACAAAAGAGAGAUUGGAGAUGAGAGCUAAGAAAUUUGGAAUGCCAUUAUCCGAGGCUGCAAAAAAAGAAGCUAGGUUAGCUCGAUUUACUGUCAAUAAUCAAAAUAAUAAAUCGGCUGCAUCCAUAAAGACGCCUGUGAAUACUACUUAUGAUACAUUGAAGAAACGUGGGGAAAGAUUCGGAACUUCUGUAUCUAGUUUGAUGGAAAAAGCCGAAUUGGCUGAACGAUUGGAAAAAAGGAAAGCUAGAUUCGGUGAAGUACAGCCCGUUGAAAGUAAAGUAGAAAAGGAUUCCUUUAGUCCAGCAAAAAAGAAUGAUCAAUCUCCAAUGAUACAAUCAUAUAGCUGUAAAGAAUUGGAUGAACAAAAUACCCAGGCGGCAAUCUUUUAUAAACGUUUGAUUGCUGUAUUAUUAUCAAAUCUUGCUAUACAGAAGAUUGAUGACAAAUUAAUAGGAACACUCAAUAUAGAGGCAUCCUUUUCACAGUUCGAAUAUCUCCAGAAUUUUGUAAAUGGCCAAGGAUCUAUAAGAGAAGUAGAUAGAAUUCUUGACAAUGUGAUAAAACAAUCUGAUCAUACCACAUCUCGCUAUAUGGCAGAGAUGUCUCAUUAUUUAAAGUUAUUAUCAGAAUAUUUGAUGAAUUAUUUGUUAAUCAUGAAAGAACGCUGGGACAUAACUAUAAUUUCCUUAAUAGUCAUAUCUAGUUUUAUGGUCUUAAGAAGACAAAGAUGGUCUCGAGGCUUGAUUAUCUUUUUAAUAAUUGAUGUAAUAUUUAUAAUAAGUUUUUUCAUAACUUGGUGGCGACUUAUACAGGAAGCAGAAAUUAAAUUAAUGGCUGCACAAGCGCAGUUUGCAGAAAUGCCAAUUGCUUGCCAGCCUUAUAAAAUGGGCCUCUGGGACAAAAUGGUUGCAUCGUUUUCCUCUACAAACGAUUGUGAAAAAUACUAUGAAUCAAUUAUGACCAAUCCUAGAUUGCAAGUAACACCAGCAUAUGCAUUGACAUACUUUCUCAGUACAGUCAUUUUUCAACCAUUAUCAUAUUUUGGACUUGUUAUAUCUGAAUUCAUAGAUAAUGCUACCAGUAAACUAAAUUUUGUAUACAAAAUUCCUAUCUUAAUCAUCCUUUUCUUAACUAUCUGCAUAUGCAUAGUAUUAUUGCCAUUUUUCUUAAUUGGCGGAUCUAUUAAAUUUGGUAUUGGACCAUUCUUCAAAUUCGGAAUAAAGGGUAAUACAAACUCCAAUAAGAAACAAGAACGCAUUGAUCGGAUUUACGAGGAUACUUCGCUCACGAAACGGUUGAAAGAUUCAAAUAUGAUGAAGCAAAUUAUAUCAACACAGCAAGAUAAAGAUCCUGCUGGAGGCGAUGCUAGCAUUGACGUGAGCUAUCAUUUAAGUGAGAAACAUAUAAAGUGCAAAUGUGAAAAUAAAAAUGCAGAUGAAAAUAUGGAAUGCGAGGAAAAAGAAGAAAGAGAUAAUGAUAGUUAACAAUGUCUUUCUCAUACUGCCACAUGUACAGUGCUGUUACAGUGAUUUAAUAGAUUGCUUGAUUAUUUAAUAUGUUAUUAUUAUUUCAUUUUUUAGGUUAAUAAUUAUUAAUCUUUAGAUUAUCAGCAUAGAUUAAUGUAUAUUUGAGAUUAUUUGAGAUCUAUAUGAGUAUAUUUCACUUGUAACAUAGAAAAAUAUUGGCUAUUAUGCUGAAAUUAAUCUUAAAUUAAUUAUAUAUCAUCGAUUUUAAUAUCUCGAAAAUGUUUAAAAAUUUCAUAUUGUUUUAUAAAUUUUUCAUCAAAUAUAUUUUUUAUAAAGUAUAUUAUUCACAUAUCUAUUAAUAUAUUGCUUUGUCUCAUCUCACUAUUUUUUUGAACGUAGGCGAAUAUAAUUAUGAAGUAUUGUUACAAAAGUACCUUGUUUUUUUAUAAAUUAUUGCUACUUACUGUAAUAAAUAUUAUAUAUAAUUAAUCUUUAAUUGUAUGAUAAUGUUUACUAAACAGUGCUAUUGCUGUUUGUGAGCAGCUAUUAUUUUAUGUAAUUUGACCUGAGUACCUCAUUAAACAAUAGAUUAACUAA